UAGUUCAUAGAGUAGUUCAGUUUAAUCAAUCACCAUGGCUGGCUCCAUACAUAGCACUAAACACAGAGAUGCGAAAAAAAGCAGCAAAUGACUUUGAGAAAGACUUUUUCAAACUUUUAAAUAAUGCGGUUUUUGGGAAAACCAUGGAGUCUAUGCGGAAAAGAAUAAAAAUGGAACUGGUGUCUAGUGAUCGUCGUUUACAAAAACUGAUAAAUCAGUCAACAUUCAAACACUGUACCACAUACAAUGAAACUCUAAAUGCAGUUGCAUUAGAAAACAAAAUCAUUGAUUUUUGUAAACCUAUUUAUAUAGGUUUUGCAGUGCUGGAAAUUUCCAAGUAUUUAAUGUAUGACUAUCACUAUAACGUAAUGCAGAAACAUUAUGAUGAUAAAAUUGAGCUCAUGUAUACAGAUACAGAUUCAUUGGUGUACUAUAUUCAAACUGAUGAUUUUUACAAUGAUCUGUUGAACAAUCCAAACUUGUUGAAUCGAAUGGACACUGCAAAUCUACCCCGUGACCACCCGUGUUACAUUGCUGAGAGAAAGAAGAUUCCUGGUUAUUUCUGA